CUUUUAUUAGGUUUUUUCAAGUAUUCUUAGUGUCCCGAAAGGAUGAUAAGUGAAUGGUUGCUUCUUGCUUAUGGAUUCGGAGGAGGAAUUGUUGCAUUGGUACUUCCCAAAAUCUGCCUGUGUUGCUGUGGUUUCACUUGCCCUGGAGUGAGGAAACAUUCCGUUGCUUCGCGCAUUCACAGCAACAUCGGAGACGUGGAGGCUGGCAGCCUAUUUGCCAGGUCACAAAGUUCCGGCGCUGUGGGUUUUCCUUGGUACAUCAACUUGAUGUUCUUUCUCUUUGGUUUUACAACAACUGUUGUAAUUGUCCUCGUGGAAAUGAUGGGAGGCUUCGAUGGUAACCUGAAAAAUGAGACUAUAGAUGGAAAUUUUGAGACCACUAAAUCUAUGCACUUGUUUAAUUUUACGACAGUGUUGCCGUCAAUGUAAUAAGGGUUGAGCGUUAUGUAAAAUGAUAAUAAUGUGGUUUGAAGAUUCAAAUUUUAAAACAAUUUCGGUUUUCAAGUAUGUGUGAAAUGUGUUUUUAAAUAUUUGUAAAAAUAGUAUUUUCAUGGAUAAUUUUAAAUUGGAAUCUUUUCUGUUUCUUUUGUAAAAUUUUAAAUGAAGUUUAAAAGAAUUUUGUGUGUG